AGGAACAGCUUGAAACAUGCUCAUUAUUUGAUUGUCUCUAUGAGAGUGUACAAAUAAAACAGAUGCCUGACCUCUGUUCUCAGCCUCGUCAUUAUGGGAAGAAUACAGCUUUUGCCAUUUUUAUUGAUUCUGCUUCUUACUGAGCAGACAUUGACUCAAAAAGGGAAACAGAAAUGUAAAGAAGAGGAACAUGCCCUGGCCAUAAGAAUAAAAAAACAUCAGAACACACCAGAGACAAAGUUUAAGUUUUAUGAGGAGGGAAGAGAUGAAGACUUAUGCCAGAUUCAAAUAUUUCAACCAGAAACUCUUGAAAAGUGCUCAUUUAAUGAGUCACUUCCGCUUGUAGUCAUUAUCCAUGGAUGGUCGGUUGAUGGGAUGCUGGAGAGCUGGAUCUGGAAGAUGGCUGCAGCGUUUAAAUUACACAAAAGCCAAUUUAAUGUCGUCAUCGCAGAUUGGUUGACCUUUGCCCAUGUUCACUACCCUAUUGCCGUGCAGAAUACUCGUGUUAUAGGUCUAGAAAUUGCUGAAUUUCUGGAAUGGCUGGAGUCCUCUAUUCAAUUUCCAAGAAGUAACGUCCAUUUAAUUGGGUACAGCCUUGGUGCACAUGUUUCAGGAUUUGCCGGCAGUUACAUCAGCGGCUCAAACAAGAUUGGGCGAAUUACAGGACUUGAUCCAGCUGGACCAUUGUUUGAAGGAAUGUCAUCUACAGACCGUCUGUCACCAGAUGACGCUAACUUUGUUGAUGCCAUUCACACAUUUACUCAACAGCACAUGGGAUUAAGUGUUGGUAUUAAUCAGCCCGUUGCCCAUUAUGAUUUUUAUCCCAAUGGAGGCCAUUUUCAACCUGGAUGCCACAUUAAGAACCUCAUUGCAAACAUUGGAUUCCAUGGCAUUAAAGAAACAGUGAAAUGCGCCCAUGAGAGGUCAGUCCAUCUGUUCAUCGAUUCUCUGUUGAAUGACGACAAACAGAGCAUGGCUUACUGGUGCAAGGACAUCAAUACUUUUGACAAGGGUGUGUGCCUGAGCUGCCGUAAAAAUCGAUGCAACACCUUAGGUUACAACAUCAAGAAGAAGAGACUCAAGCGGGCAAGGAAGCUCUUUCUCAAAACACGAUCCCACAUGCCAUAUAAAGUUUACCAUUAUCAAUUCAAGAUUCAUUUUAUCCACCAAACUAAGGAUAUACAGCUGGACCCGACAUUUACACUCACUUUAAUAGGGACCAAGGAAGAUGUUGAGAAUGUGCUAUUCACUCCAGAUGAUGGAAUAAAGGGCAACAAGACUUAUUCCUUCCUUAUAACACUGGAUACAGACAUUGGAGAGCUCAUGAUGAUCAAGUUCAAGUGGGAAGGAAUAGAUGUCUGGGCUAAUAUAUGGGACACAGUACAGACAAUCAUGCCUUGGACCUCAGAAGCUGAUCGCCCUGGACUACUUUUAAAUACAAUCAGAGUCAAAGCUGGAGAAACCCAAGAGCAGAUGACAUUUUGCUCUGAGAAUGUCGACAACAUCAAGCUCCUUCCUGCCCAAGAGAAAACCUAUGUGAGAUGUAGGAACAAUGCGAAAAAGCAAGCGAGAAAGGCAAGGACAAGUUGAGCCAAGAAUUAAAGCUUACAGAAAACAAUAGGCAAAUGACUAUGACAAGUGUGUGUUUUUUGUCAAGUUUGUACAGUCAGAAAUACAGAGUAUUGCACUUA